GCUUGGAUUUUAGAUUCGAAUUAAUUGUAUAUCUUGCGUUAUCAUCUUUUCCGAGGUAUUUAUUAUCUUGGACAAAUUUUCUCCCGACCUGCGCAUAUUUAAUUGACCGUUUAACUGCGUACGUUACAGUACAGGAAAAAUAUGCUCUGUAG